AGGCCGCUGUUGUCGCCGCCAGUUCCUCUGCCAUUAUGUAUAUCAAACAGGUGAUCAUCCAAGGUUUUCGAAGCUACCGAGACCAGACUAUAGUAGAUCCCUUCAGUUCAAAACAUAAUGUCAUUGUGGGAAGAAAUGGUUCUGGAAAAAGCAACUUUUUCUAUGCAAUUCAGUUUGUUCUCAGUGAUGAAUUCAGUCACCUUCGUCCUGAGCAGAGGCUCGCUUUGUUACAUGAAGGCACAGGUCCUCGUGUUAUUUCUGCUUUUGUGGAAAUCAUCUUUGACAAUUCAGACAACAGGUUACCAAUUGAUAAAGAAGAAGUAUCUCUUCGCAGAGUCAUUGGAGCUAAAAAGGACCAGUAUUUCCUAGACAAGAAAAUGGUUACAAAAAACGAUGUGAUGAACCUUCUUGAAAGCGCUGGAUUUUCUCGCAGCAAUCCCUACUAUAUUGUUAAGCAAGGAAAGAUCAAUCAGAUGGCCACAGCUCCUGACUCUCAGAGAUUAAAACUUUUAAGGGAGGUUGCUGGCACUAGAGUAUAUGAUGAACGUAAAGAAGAGAGUAUCUCAUUAAUGAAGGAAACAGAGGGGAAGAGGGAGAAAAUCAAUGAGCUGUUGAAGUAUAUUGAAGAACGAUUACAUACUCUGGAAGAGGAGAAAGAAGAGCUAGCUCAGUAUCAGAAGUGGGAUAAAAUGAGAAGAGCCCUGGAAUACACCAUUUAUAAUCAGGAACUUAAUGAAACCCGAGCUAAACUUGAUGAGCUUUCUGCCAAACGAGAAACAAGUGGAGAAAAAUCAAGGCAGUUAAGAGAUGCACAACAGGAUGCUCGUGAUAAAAUGGAAGAAAUUGAGCGGCAAGUCCGAGAACUAAAAACCAAGAUUUCAGCUAUGAAAGAAGAGAAGGAGCAGCUCAGUGCCGAAAGGCAGGAACAGAUUAAACAGAGGACCAAAUUAGAACUUAAGGCAAAAGAUUUGCAAGAUGAACUGGCUGGCAAUAGUGAACAACGGAAAAGACUGUUGAAAGAGAGGCAGAAACUUCUUGAGAAAAUAGAAGAAAAACAGAAGGAAUUAGCUGAAACAGAGCCCAAGUUCAACAGUGUCAAAGAAAAAGAAGAACGAGGAAUUGCCAGACUGGCACAAGCAACUCAGGAAAGAACAGACCUUUAUGCCAAGCAAGGUCGAGGAAGUCAAUUUACCUCUAAAGAAGAGAGAGAUAAAUGGAUUAAAAAAGAGCUCAAGUCUCUAGAUCAAGCAAUCAAUGACAAGAAGCGGCAAAUCGCUGCUAUACAUAAGGAUUUAGAAGAUACAGAGGCUAACAAAGAGAAGAAUCUGGAGCAAUACAGUAAAUUGGAUCAGGAUCUUAAUGAAGUAAAAGCUCGUGUUGAAGAAUUGGACAGAAAAUAUUAUGAAGUAAAAAACAAAAAGGAUGAAUUACAGAGUGAGAGAAACUACUUGUGGAGAGAAGAGAAUGCAGAACAGCAAGCUCUUGCUGCAAAACGAGAAGACUUGGAGAAGAAACAGCAGCUGCUUAGAGCAGCAACAGGAAAGGCAAUUCUAAAUGGAAUUGACAGCAUAAACAAAGUCUUGGAGCAUUUUCGGCGCAAAGGCAUUAACCAGCAUGUUCUAAAUGGCUAUCAUGGAAUAGUGAUGAAUAACUUUGAGUGUGAGCCUGCUUUUUACACUUGUGUUGAAGUUACUGCAGGAAACAGAUUAUUUUAUCAUAUUGUAGAUUCUGAUGAAGUUAGUACUAAAAUCUUAAUGGAGUUCAAUAAAAUGAAUCUACCUGGAGAAGUAACUUUUCUGCCACUCAACAAACUGGAUGUUAGAGAUACAGCGUACCCUGAAACCAAUGAUGCUAUCCCUAUGAUCAGUAAGCUAAGAUAUAAUCCAAGAUUUGAUAAAGCCUUCAAACAUGUUUUUGGAAAGACUCUUAUUUGUCGUAGUAUGGAAGUUUCUACCCAGCUGGCCAGAGCUUUUACUAUGGAUUGUAUUACGUUGGAAGGUGAUCAAGUCAGCCACCGUGGGGCUUUGACCGGAGGUUAUUAUGACACAAGGAAGUCUCGGCUUGAACUCCAGAAAGAUGUUAGAAAGGCAGAAGAAGAAUUAGGAGAACUUGAAGCAAAACUCAAUGAAAACCUGCGUAGAAACAUUGAAAAUAUUAAUAAUGAAAUAGAUCAGCUCAUGAAUCAAAUGCAGCAGAUUGAAACCCAACAAAGAAAAUUCAAAGCUUCCAGAGACAGCAUCUUGUCAGAGAUGAAAAUGCUGAAAGAAAAGAGACAGCAGUCAGAGAAAACAUUUAUGCCCAAGCAACGCAGCUUACAAAGUUUGGAAGCAAGUUUACAUGCUAUGGAAUCAACACGUGAAUCAUUAAAAGCAGAACUGGGAACAGACCUGUUGUCUCAACUUAGUUUAGAGGAUCAGAAGCGAGUAGAUGCACUUAAUGAUGAGAUCCGACAGCUUCAGCAAGAAAACAGACAGCUUUUGAAUGAAAGGAUCAAGCUUGAAGGCAUCAUCACACGAGUUGAGACGUAUCUCAAUGAGAAUCUUAGGAAGCGUUUAGACCAAGUGGAACAAGAGCUGAAUGAACUACGGGAGACUGAAGGGGGCACUGUUCUUACAGCUACAACGUCUGAGCUUGAGGCAAUCAACAAAAGAGUGAAGGAUACCUUAGCAAGAUCAGAUGAUCUGGACAAUUCAAUAGAUAAAACAGAAGCAGGGAUUAAAGAACUCCAGAAAAGUAUGGAACGUUGGAAGAAUAUGGAGAAAGACCACAUGGAUGCCAUUAACCAUGACACAAAAGAGCUUGAGAAGAUGACUAACCGGCAGGGCAUGCUUCUGAAGAAGAAAGAAGAGUGUAUGAAGAAAAUCAGGGAAUUGGGCUCACUUCCCCAGGAAGCCUUUGAAAAAUAUCAGACACUGAGCCUAAAACAGUUGUUUCGCAAACUGGAGCAAUGCAACACAGAACUGAAAAAGUACAGUCAUGUCAAUAAAAAAGCUCUUGAUCAAUUUGUGAAUUUUUCGGAGCAGAAAGAGAAACUGAUAAAGCGUCAAGAAGAACUGGACAGGGGCUACAAAUCCAUUAUGGAGUUAAUGAAUGUCCUUGAACUCAGAAAAUAUGAAGCUAUCCAGCUGACUUUCAAACAGGUGUCCAAGAACUUCAGUGAGGUAUUUCAGAAGCUGGUACCUGGUGGGAAAGCUACUCUUGUGAUGAAGAAGGGUGACGUGGAAGGCAGUCAGUCUCAAGACGAAGGUGAAGGCAGUGCUGAGAGUGAAAAAGGAUCAGGUUCUCAGAGCAGCGUUCCAUCUGUAGACCAGUUCACUGGAGUUGGCAUUAGGGUUUCAUUUACUGGUAAACAAGGUGAAAUGAGAGAGAUGCAGCAGCUGUCUGGUGGACAGAAGUCGCUGGUGGCCCUAGCUUUGAUAUUUGCCAUUCAGAAAUGUGACCCUGCUCCCUUUUACCUCUUUGAUGAAAUUGAUCAAGCCUUAGAUGCCCAACACAGAAAGGCUGUUUCAGAUAUGAUAAUGGAAUUAGCAGAACAUGCUCAGUUCAUUACCACAACUUUCAGGCCUGAACUGCUUGAGUCAGCUGAUAAGUUCUAUGGUGUAAAAUUCAGAAAUAAGGUCAGUCAUAUUGAUGUUAUCACUGCAGAGAUGGCCAAAGACUUUGUGGAAGAUGAUACUACUCAUGGCUAAGUGGAGGAGGACUGCUAGUCUGUGUAAAAUAUUGUGCCUAUAUCAGGCAACUGUGUAAAUUUGAAAUACAUAGUCGCUGUUAAAGUAGCUUUUGA